AUGGCACAACAGCAACAUCAAACCGCGAGGCCGACGCCCAUGUUGCCCUCCUUCUCAUCGUUCGACGAUGCAUGGCUCGGGGCCUCGCAGCACACCCAUAGCGCCCAGCAGCAGCGACGGAACCUUCCACCGACGAUGCUCGCCCCCCUCCUCACAAUCUCGCCCUCUGGCCACCUGCCAUCUUCGUCAUCUUCAUCUUUCGCAUUUCCUACGUUGUCAUCUUCAUCAUCCCCGCAAGCCCCGAUCGAUGGCGGCCUGCUUUCCAUUCUCAACAAGCGCAGUUCCGAGCCAUCUCAUCGACACGAGGAGAGCCGCGUGAUGGGUCGCACGGAGGAGGAGCCCACCACGUCAUCUUCAUCCUCAUCUUCAGCCACUACGUCAUCUACGAUAUCGACUACACCGUCUUCCUCCUCUACUUCGUCGUCGCUCCUCUCGCCCACGUUCCUGCCGUCGCUGGCCUCCGUCAUCGCCUCGUCUUCCUCUUCCUCGCGUCCCUCCUCGCCUCCCUCGUCGCCACGACCGCCCGCAGUCGAAUUCGCACUCGGAGCGCUCUCCGCUUCAUCCGGCACCCCCGCUUCUUCUACUUCUUCUUCAUCAUCGUCUUCCUCUACAACAUCAUCGUCGGGGUUGCUUCCGCCCAAAAAGCGCAAGCUCGAGCCUUCGGCCCGUUCCGCCUUUUCUCGAUGCACGCCCGCAACCACAACUGCAACCGCAGCCGCGUCAUCUUCUUCAUCAUCGUUGCCAUCAUCGUCGUCGUCCACGCUCGCCUUCCCCUUGGCGACGACGGCGGCGACCACUACCAUCUCCCCCGCUGGUCCGCAGCCAACGGCCGCCGUGGUUGUCCCGAUCGUUGCCACGCUCCCCGCAUCGGCCGUCGCCUUGACGCCGCAGCAGCAGCUGCCCGUCCCGACGCCCACGGCCAGCGCGACGAUGCCAGUCCUAGCGCAGCCGCAGCUGGCCCAGCAGAUGCUGGCCGCCAGCAAUUCGGUGCAGAUGCUGCUGGCGGCCGCCGCGGCCGGCAAUCCCUACGCCACGCAGCUGCUCUCGGCCAUGGUCGCGCCUACGCCGCUGCCGCCGGCGGGGACCGAGCUGGUUCAGGCCGGCGGCGGCCUGCCGUCGCUCCCCGCCGCGCUGGCCCUCUCGUCGCUUGCCACCACCGCCGGCGUGCCGCCCGUCUACGCCGCCGUCCAGUCGCAGUGGCAGCUGCAACAGCUCCUCCUCGCGCAGCAGCAGCCCAGCUCCACAUCGUCGGCUUCUUCAAUGACAUCAUCAUCUACAACAACCACAACAUCAACGCCGUCAAAGACGUCGUCGUCGUCGCCGUCAUCAACGACGUCGUCCACGUCGUCGGCAGAGCAGCAGCCGCCGGUGCCGUUCGUGUACUACUCGUCGCUCGAGGAGGAGAUACGAAUGGAGAACCUGCGCAAGCGAAAGGAAGAGGAGGAGCAGCGCAAGUUGCAGCAGCAGCGGCAGCAGCAGGAGGACCGGCAGCAGGCUCUGGACGACGGGGACGCGGACGGGCUGCAGCGACGGCUCAAGCGGAUCAAGAAGGACCACUCGCAGGUGGAGAUCCUCGAAGAGGCCUUCAAGAACAACCCGCUGCCCUCCAAGAAGAUGAAGGAGAAGCUCGCGCUCGAGGCCGGCCUCACGUCUCGCGCCGUCCAGGUGUGGUUCCAGAACCGAAGGGCCAAGGAGCGACGACAAGUGAAGGACUCUGGCGAGCCAGAGACCUCACCCGAUCCCUGGGGCGAUCUCUAG